AUGAAUGCAUCACAUGUAAAUAAUAAUAAUAAUAAUCAUCAUCACAUUAGUAACACUAAUUAUACUACUAGUUAUAGUAAUAACAUCAGUAAUAUUGGAAGUAAUAAGCAAAUUUUUAUAGAUUUUCCAACAAAUCCAAUUACUAAAUAUUUUAGUAUUGAGAAACAAACAGCAAGUUGUGGACCAGAAUUAGUUUGGAAAGUAUAUGAUGCUGUACGCCGUCAAGAUCAAAAGCCAUGUUCUGUAUUUUUAUUUGAUAAGUCAAUUGCUGACAAACUUCAUAAACCUCGAAGACGUGAUAUUGUGACUAGUGUAUUAAAACGUGAUGUACGUUUAUUAACUCAACUUCAUCAUCCUAAUAUGUUGCAUAUUUUACAUCCGAUAGAAGAAACAAGUGAAACAUUAUCAUUUGCAAGUGAACGUGUAUUUACCAGUUUGGCCAACAUACUGGGCAAUCAUACCAGGCUACAACAAUUCGUUAUACAAAGUCUUAAAACAUUUAGAUUCACUGAUAUGGAUAGAAAACUUGGAGUUUAUCAAUUAAAUGAGUUAUUACGAUUUCUACACACUGGUCAAUCAUUGUUUCAUAAUAACGUUUCACCAUGUUCAAUUUUAAUAACACAUCGAAAUCAAUGGCGACUUGCAUCUGCUGCUUUCAUAGAAUCUACCCGUCUAGAAAAACAUGAUAUAUCUCAAUAUGAAUUAGGUCCGUCACCAUGGACAAGAAAAUGGCCAAAAAUGGCUAGACCAGAUUAUCAUUAUUCAGCACCAGAAUGUUUGAAUCUAACAAACAAUAAUAAUAGUAAUAUAUCAAGUUCAUUUGCUGGAUUUCUUACUAAAACAUCUACAGAUUUAUAUCAUUUAACUAAUAGAAAUAGUCCAGAUCAUACAAUAGAAACAACAACAACAACAUCAACAAUGAAGUCUCGAUCUAAUUUAUCUGAUGAUAUACCUGGACCAUGGUCAGAUAUGUUUUCAUUAGGUUUAAUUAUUUGUGCAUUAUAUACAAAUAAUAGUCCAGCUGAAGGAUCAGUUCAAUGGUUACAAAAUAUAAAAAAACGUGGAUUUGAUAAUGAUUCAUAUACAAAUACAGAGAUAUCAUUUGUAAAUUGUAAAGAAAAUACUAUACAAGAAACUAGUACAGAAUAUCUUCAUGCAAUUCAAUUAAGUCAAAGUACAAAUAUACCUGAAGCAUUUCGAUUGUCAGUAUGUCGUAUGCCUUUAGAAUUAGUUGAACCUGUGGAAAAAUUACUAUCAAGGAAUUCACAAAAGAGACCUAGUUCUCAAUUAUUUGCUUUACUGAAAUUUUUCAACGAUCCUACAAUGUUACUAUUAGAUGGAAUUAUUAAUUUCGAUGUGAAAUCUGAUGAAGAUAGAACAAGAGCAUUACAAAUUUUACAAAAUAAUGCAGAAAAUUUAUCAAAACCAAUUCUUUAUGGUCGAAUAAUGCCUACAUUGAUUGAAUUACAUCAACAACUAGAAACAAGACAAUUUAACAAACAAUCCAAUGAUUACAAUACAACAAUGUUAACAUCUCAUUACUCUGUAUCACAAGUAUCACAUGAAGAUAUUUGUAUUCAUUUAGAUUCAUUAUUAAUUUCUGGUUUAGCUCAUUUAAUUGAAGUUUGCUCUUCAAUAGAUUAUACAGAUUAUAUUGAGAAAGAUUUAAUAAAUAUCUUUGAUAAAAGUUCAAAUUUGAAAACAAAAAUAUGUUUAGUACGUCAUACACGAUCAUUUUUAAGACAAGUUCCAGACAAUGUAAUUGAACAGUAUAUUUUACCAUUAAUGAAACAAUGUUUAGUAUCAAAUAAUAUUACAGCUCAGAUUGUUGCAUUAAACAAUUUAGAAUUGUUAGUUGGAUAUAUUUCAUCUUCAGAUUUGGAGAUUAUUGUAUUACAAAAAAUUAAACGAGCUUUUCAAUAUAAUCAUCAACAGUUACAGUUAGCUUCAUUACAUUGUUUAGUCACUAUACUAACACGUUUAUCAGAUGCAAUUAUUCUGAAUGAUGUAAUACCAUUUCUUUUGACUGUUUCAAAUGAACUCAAGUUAAAUAUAAACAAUAAUAAGUCAGCUAAUGAAUGCGCCCAUGAUUUCAAUAUAGAUAUUGUCGAUGAUAAAGCUAAUGAUGAACAUGAUCAAACACAGAGUAAUCGUGUUGAACAACCGAUUUCUGAAUUAUGUAAUGCUUGGAAAAAGUUACUGUAUACAAAAUCAUAUUUAUUGGAACCUCAAUUGAUUGUUACAGACAUUUUUCCAAGUCUACUACCUCAUGUUGUUGAUAAAAAAGUCAGUAUAACUGAGUUUCGUAUAUUAAUGUCUACACUAUAUGCACUACUGGAUCUAUUGGAUAUUCCAAAUGCAGAGAAUGAUGAUUUAACUGAUUCAAAAACACAAUAUCGAACUGUUCCAGCACUCACAGUUAAUCCUCCAAGUUUAAGCAGUGGGCAAAUGUCAAAAAGGUCAUCAAAAUGUGAAAAUCUCGAGGAUACAAGAAUGGGUCGUAAGUCUAAUUGUAUAAUUAUUUUUCUAAAAUGUUAUUUAAAUUCUUGUUAAUUCGAACGAUAAAAAGCACUGCGAAUAUUUCGUUGGAUACAUAAUGAAACUGCGGAA